UACGAUUGUUCUGGUGAGUGUCCGCCUGUGGGGAAUGAGCUAUUUUGAAACUACUGUAAUGCUUUCACAAAUCUAGUUUCUUUCCAUUAUGGACCCACCGAAUGCACUCCAGUGAUGAACUUUGUGUGUGCUCAGCUCUGGAAAUAACGGCCUCAUGGACAAUUUCCAACGCCAACAAUCUGUGUGGAAUUUAGUGCAGGAAAAUGUUCCCUGCUCUGAGCUUCCUGAGAUCCGAGCUGUACUUGGAGAUGCAUUGAUUGAUACAUACACAGAGUUGUAUUCAGAGGUGGAGAUGUGGGAGAAGAUUUGGCAGGAGCUCCGUUACUCAGAGCGGGGCAGCAGGCCAGAAGCCCCUCUGUUCCCUCUGGCUGACCCGCCGGCUGUUAAAGAGUUGCUAAAAGCAGAGAUUCGGUUGUUGCUGCUCACACUGAGGGAAAAGGCAGUCAGGCAGGGCAGGGAUGAAGAGGAGGUCAUGUCCCAGUACAAUCCUAGUGUGGUGAGUUACGCACUGGGCAGCAGUAGCACACAGAGACAGGGAAGUCCAGGCAGCUGGUGUGAAAAGAAAUCACCUUCCAGACCCUCAUCAAGCCAGAGCGAGAUUGGAAGCAGGUCAAUCUCCAGCCUCUCAUCUCACUCCAGCUGUGAGGAAGAAAUCAAGGCCUUAAGACACAAGUUAAACAUCACCCAUAUAGAUGAAGUUGUGACCCAUCUCAGGUCAGUCCUAACCGAAGAAUCUGAAGCAUUGAAAAGAGACGUGCAGGUCCUGCAGGAAAACCUUGAGACUGAGAGAGCCAGUACUCAGACAGAUCCCACCAUAGCAGAGCUCAAAAAGGAACGGAGACUCAUUCAGAGGGAUCUGAACAUCAAGAGUUUAAUAAGCUGCUCCUACAACACAGUUAAUCAGAGUACCAGAAACUCACAAAUCCAUGCAAGGGAGACGAGUGAAAUUGCACUUUCUGCAAAUGAUUCAAAAAGACCAACAGUUCCUAAUUUGAAACCAUGUCCGCCCAGAGACACAAACCACAUCAGGAGCGAUCUACCACUAAUAAGCUCUCCAAGUGCUGAAUCCACGAGACAUACUUCCGCUUUGGAACAAGGAGACAAAGAGUGCAAGUACAGAGGACAUUCAGUAAGAGCUUCAGCCUUCAGACUGGUCCCAGCUGCCUCAGUCAGAGCAUCUGGAGCCGUCAAAGACUUCCUCCUAAAGAUGGAGGUGACCAGAAACGGUGACCUAGACCAUUUCCAGCCUGCUCCUCCUGCAGUGCAGAGAACAGCCAGCAGGGGGAGGAACAAACACCUGUGCAUUGCGCAGCCCGACAGUCUGCUCAGCUCUCUGUGAGAAUCACUGUAUGCGGGUCAGCUGGCUUGUUUUUGUCAUUAAAACACUUCUUUUUUUCUUUUUUCUUUUUUCCAGGAAAAAAACACAGCCCUUAACCAUAAAGAUAAAACACAAACCACAAGUUGAUCUUUAAAAUAAACUUUAUUUACCAUUUCAAAUUGAACAGUUUAAGAUAUACAGCUGACAUGACUAAGACAAUUUCAAUGAAGUUUGGCCCUAAAA